AUUCAAGUAACCCUAAGCACUCAGACUGAUUUCUUGAUCUCUAAUCGACAUCUCCUCUUCCAAUCUUUCUUCUGCUAAAUUGUAUUUCAAUAGCAGCAAUGAAGAAACAUCCAUGGAUGCUCCCGCCAAAGGCGAUCCCCCGCUUACAAAUUCCUACUGCUAGAAGUACAAAAGUUAAUGAAGAUCUGACGGUGUCACUAGUUCGUCGCAUGAAGUUGAAUUUUACCUUUGGAUGCAUUGAAGGUUUCAAUGGUGAAGGUGUGGAUGAGCUUACUCCAUUUUCUGUGAAAAGGGGGACAGGGAGCAUAAUUGAAUUCUCAACGGGGGAUCUCUUUUUUUCAACUCAACCUAGAUAUUCAGCUUAGUGUGAAUUUUUUUAUCUCUAAUCUUUUCCACAAUCGCCAAGUAUUUCCCAGACCUCUCAAAGUUCCAUACGAUGACAUCCAUGUUCAUAUUCUCCCCCCCUUCAAAAAGACGACUAUUGAUGAAGAUAAAGAGAUGUUUGUUUUAGCAGAUUUUGGGGAAUUAAUAUUUUAGGGAUAAAAGAUUAAUAUUUGAGCAGUUUCUUGAGGGCUUGAGGAAUUACUUACUUAAGUAUCUUAGCACAUAUACCACAUCUGGCUAUGGUUCCACCUUUCAAGUGACUCUGACCCUACCGCCUGAAGAAGAUCCAAAUCAAAUGAUGGCUUCCCUUUCAAAAAUACCUCAACCUGCUGAACCGCCAACUCUCAUUAUUAAAGGUUUGCCUCAAUGGGUUACUGAACAACCGGCCUCAAUGCGCAUCUUUUUUGAGACUUUUGGUGUGCUGAGGGCUUUUGAUGUUGCCCAUGGUGAAGUCUCACUUCAGUUCGAGAACUGUUACAAAGCAUUAAGACUGUUGUGUGCAUGUUCUUUGCACUUGGAGAGUGUUGUACAAGGAGACACUCUUGUUGACUAUGUUCUCACAUGGAAGGAAAAAAGGGCCUUGGAGGAGGAAGAAAACUUGUCCUUUUCUCCAAUCUUAAAGAAACCACUACUGGAGCCAUCAGCUACAAAAAAUGAACUGGAGAAACAUCAUGGUUAUCAACUGGAAGCUGGAGAAGUUAGAAAACUAAACACGAAAUUCCAAAUAGGAUUGGUUGAUCAUAAACACGAAGAGAAGACAAAUGAUAAGGAUAAUUUCAUUCAACAGCUUUUGAUGGAGAAAAGAAAUUUGGAGGAGAAGAUUGUGAAGUUGGAAAAGAAGAAAGAAAAGAUGGGAGCUAAAAUGAAAGAUUUUUGCAUUUUGGCCUCGAAGCACGCAAAGGGAGAGAAACUUGCAUUUGUUUGGCUGAUUGUUUCAUGGAUCUUAUUUAGCAUUGUACUAUAUCGUAAGUGAAUUGAGUUGUUUAGUAGGUAGCAUUACUGUUGUACUGUUUAAGUAGGAGGUUGGGUGUAAAACAUCUUUGAAUGUUUUCCAUGUAUUAAACCUUUAUCUUGGUGGUUGGAUAUGAAACAUAACAAUGUUUUAGUACUUGGAUUGUGAGCAAUUUAAAGUGGCUUUGAGGAUUUGCUUGAAU